UACAACGGGAAGUUCAUCGUUGCUGGCGUCUCCUUGGCUGUCUACGUGGUUAUCGCUAUCAUAUUCUUCUUGGUUAUCGGCUUCGAGUACAAGGGCGGACCCGUAGAAAAGGAUGAAAGUGUUGAAGAGGAGGGGGAGGAGGACUUUGAAGUGAGCAUAGAGGAUGCAAAGGUUAAAAUUGUCGGCACAAAAGACACAGAGUCGGAGUAUUGUGCGGGCUUUUAA